CAGACCGCCUCCGGCACGCAUUCAGCUCGCUUUUAGUCGGGGUCGGCGCGUUUUGCAGCUCCGCAGGGCCUCCGGACGCCGCUCGGGUUUCUCCCCCCUUUGUGUCUCGUUGACAGACGGGCUGUAGCUUUAGCCGUUAGCCUCUAGCCGCCUGUCUGCGGACAACUCGGAGCUUUUAACGGUUCGUGUUACGCCGCGUUGAGCCCGGCCGGCGGGGUUUCGGGUGUGUCUGCACUGCGGCGUGGAUAAAAUGUCCUGUUGGUUAAGGAAGGAGACUCUGGUGCUGGCGGAGGACUACAUUGACUUUUGCACCGGGAUCCAGCGGACACCUCCCAGCGAGUCGGCCGAGGCCAUGCGGCACUUGGCCAAAGAGAUGGAGCGGCAGAACCACGUGAAAUUUCUCUCGAUGACGCAAGGCUUCCUGUCGGCUUGCGGCUCGGACCCCAGUGCGUAUUUACACAGAGUCAUGACCGUGCUGGUGGAGGACGGACAGAUGAACUGGGGCAGAGUCGUGUCCCUCUUUACGUUUACGGGCGUUCUGGCCACCGAACUGUUCUCCAGAGGAGAGGGGCCAGAGGUCUGUAGGACACUAGCAGAGACGAUAGCAGAUUACCUGGGAGGAGAGAAGAAAGACUGGCUGGAGGAGAACGAGGGCUGGGAGGGGUUCUGCAAGUUCGUGCGCAGAGCUGGACACGUUACCCAGGACUCCUCCAUGAAGACGGCGCUGUUCGCCGCCGCGGGGGUCGGGUUAGCUGGACUGACCUUUCUCCUAGUGCGCUGACCCCAACACCUUAUUUAUUCAUAGUCUUAUGUGUCUUUUCCUUCUUUGCUUCUUCCUCUUGCUCUCUUUCUCUUUCUUUUGCUUUGUCUUCUGUUCUUUUUUUUCCUCUUUUUUGCCCCUCUUUUCAUUCCUUUUUUACUUCCUCGCCUCGCUCUUUUUCAUGCUGUGCUCUUGUGUUGCCUCUUUCCUUCUUCCUUGCUGUUUUCCAUUCUGAUUCAGUUCACAGUGAGUCUCUAUGGGACGUUUCCUUACAGAACCAGUUUUCAGACCUAAACUGAAUGUUAUUUGCACAUUUGUACCACCAACAUCUCUCUCUCUCUCUCUCUCUCUCUCUCUCUCUCUCUCUCUCUCUCUCUCUCUCUCUCUCUCUCUCUCUCUCUCUCUCUCUCUCUCUCUCUCUCUCUCUCUCUCUCUCUCUCUCUCUCUCUCUCUCUGAUUGUAAAAUCUUUAACAUGGCCUUCUCUACACGUCACGAACGCUUGAUAGUGAUGAUAGUCUUCAUAUCUGAUGGUACAUUUUUGUUUUAGAAAUGCUUUUAAAGUAGUUGUUCUGUGUUCAUUCUCUCGGUUAGUCUAGAUAGUGUGGUUUUUUUUUACUCUUAGUUUUUUCGAUAAAGGAAACCCACAAAGGAGAAAAACGUGAAUGUUUUUCAUGCAUUGUUGAAGUUCAUUGUCCACACGCACAGAAUUAAUAUAUUACAUUUCUAUGAAUAAAAAUGUAAACAGCAGCCAGAAACAUCCCAUUACUGUACAUUAGUGUGUUGGUUUACAUCGACUGUCUCUUCUCUUUUGGGUUCUUGUGUUUGUCUUCAGUUUAAACCGGUAACGGAUUUGAAAGGUGCUAAGCUUUUUCCAUUCCAAGCCAUUCUGUAACUUCCCAAUUUCUGACGAGUGACCAAUUUAGUGUGUGAAAUUUAUUUAUUUACCCUUUGAAGAACAAAUUGUAACUAUUUAGGCAGUUUCCCUUGAGUCAAUAAAACCUAUUUUUGCAUUGUUUUAUUUAUUUAACACUUUAAUAAAGAAAAUUUGUUAACGCAGUA